AUGAGUGAUACUGCAACACCUUCGUUGAACACGCCCUUCAAACGGUCGGUUCGUCGUGUCGCUCUUGCGUGCAUACAAUGCCGUGCAAGGAAAGUCCGAUGUGACAGUUUACAACCUGCCUGUAACCGCUGUUGUGUAGACGAAAAAGAAUGCGAGUACCAAAAGUCACGGCGCGGCGGACGUCCACGUCGUCCAAUUACUGCGCCUAUUCAGAUUGCGGCUGGCGAACCUCACUCGCCAACUCAUUCCACAAACAACUUUGCGCUCAGCACAGAUAGCAGCUCGCUUGGGCUUGGGUCAUCUGGAAGUUCUACGACGCAGAGCGCCUGCGAAAGCCUGGAGUCGAAGUCCCCUGAGACAGUCCUACCGAACGGUGCGCGAUUGACGAAGACCAUGGUGGACCAGCUUCUGACCCAGUACUACACGUACUUCCAUGUAUCCCAUCCGUGUGUUCUUCCACGAUGGGCAUUGGAAACAAGAAUCGCGACGGAUACGGGCAUAGCGGACUUUCUACUUCCUAUCCUCUUUUACAUUGGCUCGAUAUUUGCCCAGUCAGUCGACUCAACCUCUUUGGCAAACGCUGCAUUUGAAGCAGUGAAGGCUGGGCAGCUGAACUCGACGGGAUCCACGCCGAAUCCGUACUUCAUACAGGCACUAAUGCUGUACUCAAUAGCAGUGUAUUGGUGUAACGAACCCGAAAGAGGUCGAGAGCUGCUGGAUGAAUGCAUCAAUGGAGCCUUCAUACUAGGUAUGCAUCAGAAAAGCUUUGCUGAAGAGAACAGCGACGGGGAUCCAGUCCUAGAAGAAAGCUGGAGGCGGACAUGGUGGCAGAUCCAUGUGACUGAUAUCCAUAUCGCUGGUAGCACGCACUCAUACAAAGGGCUAUCUGUAAAGUUCCCAAUCACGACCGAGUUGCCCUGCGAAGAAGAAGGUUAUGAAACUGGAAUCAUCCCAACACCAGCAACACUCAAAAACUACAACGCUAGAGAAUUCUCCGACAUGGAGUUCUCAUCGUUUGCUCAUUUGAUCGGCUUUUCACAAGGUCUUUGUAGGGUUCUUGCGACCCGACUGUACAACGAUACCGAGAGCGCCAGAACCACUUGCGCCAACGCCGACACAAUGAUGACGGCAUGGUGCUCGCUGCUUCCGGCAUCCAAACGAAGACUCUUACGAGACGAUGGAAGCGUCGACGAACUGCUGUUCAAAGCCACUAUACUUAUGCAUACGUGCAUCGUCGACCUACAUCGUCAGCUAUCGAACCUCCGAUACAGCGACAUCGAGUCGGUAUCGAAAUGCGCUCCCCCGCCUCCGCCGGAAUCGAACGAUUCAAUCAAAGAAGACGCACCCAUGCACACUUCCAAAGUGCUGUAUGCAGUCGAAAAACUCAACAGCCUCUUGACCUUGCCCACAAAAUUCAGUGUCCAUACCCCUUUCAUCAUCUGCAUGAUCGCAAACAUGACCAUCGCACACCUCUCCGCCUGUCGAUACAUCUUCCGCGAACCGAGGCUGUCACUCGAGCGUGAUAAGAUCCGUUUGAAUAUGGGGGUGCUUAAGAUGCUUGGCGAGUUUUGGCCUGCAGGACAGAGAGAGUAUAAAACGAUGGGAACCAUCGCUAGAGAGAUUCUGGCAUUGAAGGAGGAGGAGAUCCAAAUUCCAAAAGAGACGCCAAUCCUGCCACUGGAUACACUGGACUACAAUUUUCCUGAUUUUGAGGUCAAUUGGACCUGCGAUUAUUUUGCCACCAACCACGGCCCUUAUUCUUUUGAUGUUCCCGUCGACUGUCUUGUAUAG